UUAACCAAAAACAUCGCUUUGUACCAGCUCGCGAACUGAAGUCCAAAGUCUACAAAAUGGCCGCUGGUGCUGUCCUAAUGCAGUGUCGCAUUUGAAUGUAAAAUCCAGCGCGCCGACACGACUGAUGUGUUGUAAUUUUAGUGUAUUUUUUAAGAAACGCCAAUGCUUUGAUUGAUGUCUUCAAAAACGAAGUUCUCACUCAGUGGAGGAAUCCGUCAAAAACCAUGAAUGCUGCAUUGACGUUGGUUGCCUUUGCCUCAGCUCUCACGUGCUGUGCUGCUAUCCGAUGUUACGAGUGCACGGUGACUUCCGUCGGGGCAGGUGAUUCAAAGUGCGCUGACCCCUUCUACAAGCCUGAACCUCCUUAUCUGAGAGAUUGCGAUUCUGAGAUUUAUAAGAAAUGUUCGAAAACCAAGACUUACUUGGCCAAUGACAAGAUCAGCAUCGUUCGCUCAUGCGCAGAACAGGACUGCGUUGACAAGGGAUGCAAGACGUAUGACGGCCAAACAGUGUGCCACCACUGCUGCUAUGGAGAUAUGUGCAACGGCGCAGGUGUAUUGACCUUUGACUUCAUUGUGGCAGUAAUAACUGUCGGACUAACCUUUCUAUUGCACUGAAUGGAAAGUUUCUACACUUUUGUAAAUAUGCUUUGGUGUCGCAUAAUUGAUAGUUAUUAAGCAUAAUAUGAAAUGUCAAGGAAGGUUAAGGUUGGUCAUAAAUGUCUAUUGUGCCAAUCUUGUUAAUAACUAUUCACUUGAUGGAUAAAUAGCAGCUGAGUUUACAAAUGAAUCCCAUUGAGCAUACAUGCCUCGAUGGUUAUGAGUUGUUGCUACUUGAUGCCAUAAAUUGAUAGACGAUAAAGGGCUUGCUCGAUGUUUGCUUGAGCGAGCUUGUCAGAUAAAUUGCAUUAAGAAUGGUACUUACUGGCUUAGCUCAACUUCAGAAAGUUUGAUCAAACAUUCUUUGUAGUUGGAUUGAAAAGUAAACUUGGUUAAUGUAAAAUCAAUGAAGAUAAGAAAAUAUAUUUAAUAUCUGUUAGACACCGUUAUGGCAUCUCAAGAAAGUCUCCAAUUCGGAAACACACUCAAAGAUUUGUACUUGGAGUAAACUUCUUGAGUUUUAAAGGCCACAGGAAUUCCCUAGAGUGAAGAGUCCCUUUUUGUGUGUUUAGCUUUAGUCACUUUUACAGCAAAGAAAUCGGUACUAUCUUUGACGUUUUCCUUCAACUUUUUAGAUAUUUUUAUAGUACAGUGGCCCCUAGUAAAGGUGGUAAUUUGUUACCAGAUGUUUGCAAAAUUUAAAGUGAUACUUGUGUAUAAUAUACUGAUAUUUGUGAUAGAUGAUUCACGAAAUAAGACAAUGGAUCGAUCAACAUAAAAUGUAUAUAUACUGUACAUGUAUUCAAUGGA